UUUUCGUACUUCCUUCAGUGUGUAGUUGUGACUUACAGACACAUUUUGUUCCAUCUGAUAUCCGAUCUAACCAUGUUUCUCACGCACAGAAAGUCCCAGGGUCUAUAAGAAACGCGGUGCCAGCAGACACCAGGUCCAGACGGAUCCAGCAGACACAAAGCAUGGCACAGAAGACGGCCCUGAUCGUGUACGCCCACCAGAGUCCGGGUUCGUUCAACGCGGCGGUGCGUGAUGUAGCGACGCAGGAGCUGGUGGAGCAGGGCUACAGGGUCAUCGUGUCCGACCUGUACGCCAUGAACUUCAGAGCCAACGCCACGCAGGACGACAUCAUCGGUGAUCUGAAAAAUCCAGAGCUUUUCCAGUACGGAGAUGAGACCAUGCAGGCCUGGAUGGAGGGCCGCCUCAGUGACGACAUCGUAGCCGAGCAGCGCAAAGUACAGGAGGCCGAGCUCAUCAUCUUCCAGUUUCCGUUGUACUGGUUCAGUGUUCCUGCCAUCAUGAAGGGAUGGAUGGAUCGAGUGCUCACACAAGGCUUCGCUUUCUCCCUGCAAAAGAUGUACAAUAACGGUAUAUUCAAGGACAAGAAAGCAAUGUUGUCGUUCACUACCGGAGCGACACAGACGAUGUUCCGGCCUGAUGGGAUCAAUGGAGACAUCAACGUCACACUGUGGCCUCUACAGAACGGCACUCUGCACUUCUGUGGGUUUCAGGUUUUUGCUCCUCAGAUAUUCUGGAGUCCGGCUCACUGCCCCCCCACGGUGCGAACCGCGAUGCUGGACGGGUGGCGAGCUCGACUGAAGGGACUGUUGGCAGAAAAGCCUUUGACCUUUGCCCCCUGUGAGCUCUUUGACCUCAGCUUUCAGGGGGGGUUCAUGCUGCGGCCCAAAGCGAAGGAGGAGCGAGAGUCGCAGCCCUACGGCCUCACGACGGGGCACCAUCUGGGGAAACCGCUGCCGCCUGACAACCAGAUCACGGCUCCGUCCUCCGGGGAAAACAGUGCCAAUUAGUGCCAACGUGAUGAGAUUUUAUAAAACGCUUUAUGUUUACUGAAGCUGAAAUAAACCUAUUUAGAUAACAAUGUCUUGAACUUAAUUUUAUUUAGAUACUAAAGCCUAAACUAUAUUAAUGCCGGUGGUCAUAUUAAAACUUUACAUUGGACUACCAAGAA